UUUUCUCUCUUUUAUCUCUCUCUCUCGAGAUUUUUCGUGAUUUCAGCUUGAAUCUCUUCUCUCUUCGAUUUCAGCUUGAUUGCUUCUCUUCCAAUUGAUUCCCACGGCUGAUUGUCCAUGAUUCGGUGGCGAUUUGGUUCCGGUGAAGCAGGAGGCAUGUGAUUCCGGUGGUGAUCGAUCCGUCGAAACCCUAAUAUUUGGGGAAGAUUCAAGCAGUUCGAUUUAUUCAGUUCGAUUUGGGGAAGAUUCAAGCAGUUCGAUUUAAUUAAGUCUUUCGUUUGGGGAAGAUUCAAGCAGUUCAAUUUGUUCAGGUAAUUGUUCUGCAUGUCUAGUAAUUGCGUAUUGUUUAUUUGAAAAAUGUCUCAAUCUUAAUUUAAUUAAGUCUUUUUAAUUACCAGAAAGAAGUAUUACAAUCAAAAUGAGUAUUUGAUUUUGUACAAUAAUAUGUUUCUUUUCUCUCCCGUUGAGUCUUGCACUUAAACGUUUUGUGUUUUGUACAAUAAUAACAUUUUAAUUUUGCAAAGGAUGAUGAUCCACUUUUUGAGUCCUAUUUUGCAAAUUUUUUUGAUAACCAUGAUAUUCAUGGACAACAUUUUGUGAAAAAGAAAAAGAAACGAGAAUUCAUUGAAAGAAACCGGGAAGAAGGCCACAACCGUUUGUGGAAUGAUUAUUUCAGUGAAUCUCCGACAUAUCCUCCCCAUGUAUUCCGACGACGUUUUAGAAUGAACAAGCCAUUAUUCUUGCGUAUUGUCGACCGUCUUACUGCAGAAGAUCCUUAUUUCCGACAAAGAAGAGACGCCACAGGAAGGCUUGGUCUUUCUCCGAUCCAAAAAUGUACUGCAGCAAUUAGGCUACUAGCAUAUGGUGGCGGGUGUGAUACGGUGGACGAAUAUGUCCGACUUGGUGAAACAACUGCUCGAAAAUGUUUGCAACAUUUUGUCAGUGGAGUUGUCAAUUUCUUUGGCGAUGAAUAUCUAAGAAGACCCACACCAGAGGAUCUUCAGAGAUUACUAUAUGUUGCAGAAGAACGUGGAUUUCCCGGGAUGGUUGGAAGCAUCGACUGUAUGCAUUGGGUUUGGAAGAAUUGCCCAACAGCUUGGAAAGGCAUGUAUACACGAGGAUCCGGCAAACCAACAAUUGUUUUAGAGGCGGUCGCGUCGUAUGAUCUCUGGAUAUGGCACGCGUUUUUUGGGUCUCCAGGUACUUUUAACGAUAUCAAUGUUCUUGAUCGAUCUCCUGUCUUUGAUGAUAUACUUUAUGGUCAAGCUCCACAAGUUACCUACUACGUUAACGGCAGAGAGUACAAUUUGACUUACUAUCUGACAGACGGUAUUUAUCCAAAAUGGCCAACGUUUAUUCAAUCCAUACCACUACCACAGACUCCAAAAGCAUCUUUAUUUGCUGACCGCCAAGAAAGCUACCGAAAAGAUGUUGAGCGUGCGUUCGGUGUCCUACAAGCUAGAUUCGCGGUCAUUAAAAAUCCAUGUCUUUUAUGGGAUAAAGACCAAGUGGGAUUGAUUAUGAGGGCGUGUAUCAUACUCCACAAUAUGAUUGUCGAAAAUGAACGAGAUGGAUACAGUCAAGCUGACGUUUCUGAUUUCCCACAAGCAGAGGGUGUGGAUCUUUCAUAUUCUAUCAAUAUGAAUUCAAAUAUUAGCAACGUGCUGAAUGGUCAAAUAAUAAUCCGUGAUAGAGAAGUGCAUGACCAAUUGAAACUUGAUUUAGUUGAACAUUUAUGGACUAAAUUUGGAUAUUAAAUAUGUUUCAUGUUUUAAUUAAAUAUGUUUCUAUGUUUUA